CACCCAAAGCAGCAGCUAUAUAAAGAGCAGAAACCAGAGGCUCAUAUUUAGAAAACUACCAGCUGGAUGAUGAGUGCUGCUCAGAGUCAAACACUGGAGGCCAAACUUGAGGCCCUGCAGUGCCACUUCACCUGGGAGCUGAACCCUGGCAGGUCCAAACUCUUCCGUGUCAGGGACAAGCUGGAGGACAUCGGCACCGAGGAGGGAAACAGCUGGCUGGGUCACAUUUACAACCUGCGGGGGUACAUUCAGUACAAGCUGGGAUUCACUGAAGACGCCCAGAGUUUGUUCAACCAGGCUACAGAGGCCCUCCGCCUGACAAGAGGAGCAGAAGAGGGUCCCUGGUUAGUGGUGAACUACGGGAACCUGGCUUGGCUGCACCACCACCUGGGAGAACAAGAAGAGAGUCAGGAUUACCUGUCAAAGGUCGACGCCCUGAUGAAAAAAUAUCCAUCUCCAUCCCAGGACGAGCUCCAUCCAGAGAUCUUGGCUGAAAUAGCCUGGACCCUGAUGAAGUUCAGUGCAAAACAAAGGCUGCUGGCUGCAGUUUACUUUGAGAGAGCCAUCAGGACGCAGACGGACAUGGUGGAGUGGAACACCAGCCGUGUAUUAGCAUUAGAGAGUGCUUCUAAAGACCCCGAAAAUAAGGUGGAGGUUGACAUCUUGAAGGAAAUGGAAGACGCCAAGAAACGGGAUCCAGAGAACUUGUACCUUGCUGCUCUUUACCUGGAGGCCUGCGCUAAAAAAAUAAGAUUUGAUAUAAAAGAAGAAGCACGUGAGUUAGGCAGAGAGGUUUUAAAAAGGCCCGUCAGCAGCUACAGCGGUAACACACCAAUACUGAGGCUGUACAGAAAGAAUGGAUUGAAGGAUGAGGCUAUUGAGUUGGCAGAGGAGGCUCUGAGAAGACAUCCAGGUGAACGUUUUCUCAAGUGGUCCGCUGCAAACUGCUACAAAUGGGUCCUUGAAGACAGGAAGGAUCCCGCACUGCAGAAAGAGAUAGACAGAGGGAUCAGUCUCUGUAAGGAAGUGAUUUCUCUUUACAGUCACCAUUCACUCAAAAUAAAGAUCGCUCUGGCAAACAUGUAUUUACUGUUGAAUAACCAAGAUGAAGCUGAGAAGAUAUUUGUUGAACUGCACAAAAUAAAGGAUCUCGAAGAGGCAGAAUUAAAGCUGCUUAACAUCAACUGCCGAAAAAUCUUCCAAAUGUAAGCAACAGGAUCACUACGAGCUGAUACAACCGAACACGGUGGCGGCAGCGACGGCGGAGAUACCACAACAAUCCUCCAUUUGUUCGUUCACAGGACCAGCGUCAGAGUACUGGAGAAGAUUAAACUCAGAGGUAGAAACUGAACAUGUAGAGAAAUAGAGAAGAAAACCUGCAAGAACCUUUUAACAGCACUUCUAAAUCAAAAGAAUCUCUGCGUGUAAACACACAGCAGCUUCAGACGAAGGUUGUGUCAAUCCCAUAAUCUUAUAAUACAAUAUCAGAUGUUCUGUCUGUUGUUUGUUUUUCAUUAUUACUGUAUUACGCUCAAUAAGACUUUUGUUUUGCUGUAAAGGAGCAGUGAAUAAUUAAACUCUUGAUUGGUAAUGUAGUUAAUUUGAUGUAUAACCUGAUUAUUAUCACCACAUGCAACUGAUUGUAUUCAUCGGAUCAAUGCUAAUACUACUAAAUAUGCAUUACGUACACAAGGAAGCCCGUAGUGUUUUUGUUUAGGUGGUUUCUAUGAAAGAAAUCCACGUGGCUGCAAGGUUUUUAAUCACUUAUAAUGUUUUCCAUAAAGUCCACCUAACAUGUCUGAUAAUAAUUGGAAAUACUUGUUUAAUUUGGUCGAAAUUAGCAAUUUGUUUAAAAGAAAAUCUUAAUUUAAACCCAAACUAUUUACUGCAUUACUGAAAAUGUGUACAAAAUAAAAUCCCAGGAGCAUCA